AUGCUGAGAUGCUGCACAGUGCCUUGUGGUGUUCAGGACAGUGCAUCGCCCAGACAGAAGAGCUUCUUGCUGAUCUCUCUGUGGUAGCCAGAGAUAGUGAUCCAGAUGGAGAGAGCAACGAAUCGUGUGGAGCCGUGGAAGAUUGCAGUCAUCGUUGUGUCAGUGAUAGUAAGCUUAGCCAUCAUCAUUGGCUUGAUUACAGUUUCAUUGUGCCGUGAUCAGGACCGGUAUUACAAUGCAUCUUUCCUAAUCACCAAUGUCAAUUACGACCCUCAGUAUGAAAGGCAAACCACAGAAGAGUUCAGGCACCUGAGUGAAGAGAUUGAAACCAUGAUAUUUGCAGUAUUCAGAAGGUCCUUUCUAAGUAAAAGGUACAUCAGGUCCCAUGUUUUCAGUCUAAGCCCAGAUCCUGGUGGAGUGCUUGCAUCUGUUCUUUUGGUAUUUAGAUUUCCCUCAGCUGACAGCAGGGCAACAAGCUUGGGUCACGUCAACCGUGUGUUGCGCAGAAGGCUACAAACAACCUCUUCGUUCCUGAAUGUUGACCUGUCUACCCUUAGACUCACAGGGUUGAACAAGGAAAAUGGGGAGAACCUUUUAAACAACUGCUGUGGGAUACGAAGACAGGCAUUCUCCUUCGCAGGAGUAGAGAGAAUAGUCGGUGGGCAGCGUGCGCGGGACGGGGAAUGGCCGUGGCAGGCCAGUAUUCAGCUCGAUGGGAUCCAUCGCUGCGGUGCGUCGGUGAUCAGUAAUACCUGGCUCGUGACUGCAGCCCACUGCUUUAGAGGACGAAGAGAUCCUCGGAGGUGGACUGCCAGCUUUGGAAUUCUACUGAGACCUCCAAAACAGAGAAGAUUUGUCCGAAGAAUUAUUGUUCAUGAAGAAUACAGCGACUUCGUCCUUGAUCAUGAACAUGAUGUGGCUGUUGUGCAACUUGCCUCUCCUAUUGAGUUCACGAGUGAUGUGCACAGUGUCUGUCUUCCUGAAGCAUCUCACAAUUUCCCAGAGAACACUACCUGUUUUGUCACAGGUUGGGGAGCUAUGGAGAAUGAUGGCUAUGGUGUUAAUAACCUUCGACAAGCGGAAGUGAAAAUUAUAGGCACUUCGACUUGUAAUAGAAGAGAAGUGUAUGGUGGAGCCAUAUCACCUGGAAUGUUGUGUGCUGGAUACUUGGAGGGGCAGGUGGACGCCUGCCAGGGUGACUCUGGUGGGCCACUGGUGAAUGUGAACUCGAGAGGAAUCUGGUAUCUUGUGGGAAUAGUGAGCUGGGGAGAUGAAUGUGGCAAGGAAAAUAAACCAGGAGUGUACACACGAGUGACUUACUAUCGCAACUGGAUCUACGCCAAAACGGGCAUUUGAAACCUGUGGAGGAUAAAGUUUUGUGGGCUGUGUACAGCUACCCCUCUGACACAUUCUGCUCUGUGGUUACCCUCUGAACAUCUGCUGGCUUAGCUUGUGAUCAUGUAUCAAGUGCCAGCAAGCUCAGAGUAGUCUAGGACUUGAAAUUUGUUUGGCCUACAGUUGGACAGGAACAGACUUGAUUCACAGGACAGCUAUUUUUUCAGGAAGUACUCUGACAAAGGGACAACUGCCUUGGUCUGUGUGCAAUAUACUGACCCCUUCUUCUCUGUGGCCAAAUGUCUUGGCCACUACUUGUGUAUCCAGGCAAAGUCUUUAAGCCCAAACAGUCAUUUAUCAGCAUCCAAGAUAAGUUAUAACUGCAUCAUUCCAGUGAGCAUACUCACUCUAAUGAAGAAAGGAAGAUGGCUUAUGGAAGUCCUGGUUCCCAGUAUCAUGUCAAGACUGUUAUUUAGGAGAAUAGAGAACUUUUCCUUGCUCUGUUGUCUUGAAAAAGGAAUCAGUGUAAAACGCCAGCAUCUGUCCACCUUCUUUGAAGAAGUGUAUGUGCUCCCAUUUAUCACUUUGUAUGAAGAGUCCUUACCACAGCAAUUGCUGUGAGAGUGAUUGCUAGGCUUAAAACCAAAAACCACUUUAUUUUCAUACCAGUCUGUUGUCAUAUUAGAGUAUUUGACUAAAAUUAAUUCCCAUUUUUAACAUUCCAGAUUGUAUUGUUCUAAAUAAAAGUCCUUGGCUUUUUGUGCAGGAUGGAGCAUUGUAACAGUAUGACCACUGCAAAAAAACACAACAAGCAAACCUUCUUAAACUGCUUAUUCUUGUGAAUGGUGUUUUCAAGUCUUUAUAAUUUGAGUAUGUAAUUAUAAUUUAUCUUAUUACAA